AUGUUGGUCCCAAGUAUGUUCAUCUUCUGCCCUACCGGUGAGCCCCUCCUGGAACAGUCCAGUCGGCGCGGAGCCGUCCGCUGGGUUACUGUCACCUUUACUGCUGAAGAGGAGAAGCUCGCCGAUAUCAUGCUAAUGCAGAUCAUGGAACAGGCCUGUCGCAGUGAACGGGCGAUUAUUACCUUGUCCCCUAUGGAUCAUGAUGGUCUUGACUGUCUGUCCCUCCCUGUUUACGGUUCUAACCUAUCCGAAAAGGAAAUUCGCUGGCUUGCUUCUCAUAAUGCUUGGCUCAGGUACAAGGAUAUCUUGGAUGGCUUGGUUCGACUUGACCGCGAUCGUAUCUUUGGCUCUGAGACAACGAUGACCUGUGGAUAUUGA